GGGCCGCUGUCCUGGUCGGGGCUCCCGCAGCCCCCGGAGCGGGCGCGGGGUGUGGUGUCCCCCCCGCUGGUGACCCGGGGCUGCCCCGGGCAGCGCGGACCCUCCCGGACUACGAGUCCCGUGCUCCCCCGCGAGGCGCGCUGACGUCAGACGCCGCGCUGUCCUUAGCCCGCGCACCCGGAUGUGAGUCCCUUUUGCUCCCCCGGAAGAUGGCGGGUGAGAAGGCGCCGGAGAAGAAGCCAGCUGAGAAGAAGCCGGCCAAGAAGAAGUCAGGGGAGAAGAAGCCGGCGGAGCAGAAGCCAAGCCAGAAAGCAGCAGGGGACAAGAAGAAGAGGGUGAAGAAGUACCAUGCCAGCCGUAACCCCGUCCUGGCCCGGGGCAUCGGGAGGUAUUCCCGCUCAGCCAUGUACGCCAGGAAAGCCCUGUACAAGCGCAAGUACACGGCCCCAGAGACAAAGAUAGAGAAGAAGAAGAAGGAAAUGCCCCGUGCCACCAUCACUAAGCCAGUGGGGGGAGACAAGAAUGGAGGCAGCCGGGUGGUUAAAAUCCGGAAAAUGCCCAGGUACUACCCCACGGAGGACGUUCCCCGGAAGCUGCUGAGCCAUGGCAAGAAGCCGUUCUGCGAGCACAAGCGGCGCCUGCGGGCGUCCAUCACCCCCGGCACGGUGCUGAUCCUGCUCACCGGCCGGCACCGCGGCAAGCGUGUUGUGUUCCUGAAGCAGCUUGAUACUGGCCUUCUGCUUGUUACAGGCCCCCUGGCUGUCAACCGUGUCCCACUGCGCAGGGCCCACCAGAAAUUUGUUAUCGCCACAUCCACAAAGGUGGAUCUCACUGGGGUGAAAAUUCCCAAGCAUCUCACGGAUUCCUACUUCAAGAAGAAGAGGCUGAGGAAGCCCAAGCACCAGGAAGGAGAGAUCUUUGACACUGAGAAAGAAAAAUACGAGCUGACGGAGCAGCGCAAGACAGACCAGAAGGCCGUGGAUUCCCAGAUCCUGGCACGGAUCAAGAAGGUGCCUCAGCUCCGGGGGUACCUGCGCUCCACAUUCUCUCUCUCAAAUGGAGUUUAUCCUCACAAAUUGGUGUUCUGAGCCUUCUGGAAGCACCACAUUAAACUCCAAGGGAAAAAAGCAA